UAUAUAUACUGCAAAUGUAUUUAAACCGAGUCUAUACAACAAUUUUAUGAAGAUAGCAUUUAGUUAUCGAGCUUGACGUUAUAUUUUGUAGUCUUUAUGACCACCUCGUCGACAGCGCGUCCCCACAUUCCGCGCCGCGGCUGUCGCCUCUCCGUUCAGUUCAGCUUUCCGCCAAACGCCGAGAGAGGAUUCUAAGUUGUAGCGUUAUUCCGGUCUAUCGCAACUCACAUCCGAUUAGCAGCGUACGCCAGUUAACAGUCCCCGGUGCUGUUAGAAUAAGGACAUAACUCGAAUGAAGACCAUAACGACCAGAAGAUGAUGUAUGGCGUUUGACAACUAACUGGAUACAUUUAUAAUUGAACACGUAACGGAAACGGAUUGCGCUCUACCAAAACGCCCGCCCUUUCUCUCGCUUCUCGUCGCUCAAACCAGAAGUCCCGCCCUCUCCCUCUCCAAUAUCGCUCAUUUGGAGCAUCCCUUCCAACGAGGUAACCGCCACCCCUCCUCCCGUCCCGUCCCGGGCGGACAGUCCUGCCUACAAGUAGUUGGCCAACAGCGGGUACACCGAGCAGAACCACCACGUCCCCGUCGCCUGGAUCCCUUGAAGCCGAUCACACGAUCCAGCAUGCCGGUAGCAAGAUGGAUCCACCUGGUCAACUGAGACGACCUGGUGACACCGCUGCCCUCUCUCCCAGGUGGCUCCCCCGUCCACCCCACCCCCCCAUCAGACUCCGCCCCCGGCCACGAGCGCCGGUCCGGUCAGGAUGCCCGGAUGGCGUUCCCGCUGGCGUCUGGUCCUGCUCAACGCGCUGACCUGCGGUCUGGAGAUCUGCCUGGCAGCCGGCAUCACCUACGCCCCCCCAAUGCUGCUGGAGGCCGGCGUGCAGGAGAGAUACAUGACAAUGGUCCUAGGGGUCGGGCCGGUGCUGGGCCUGCUGUUCAUCCCUCUGAUUGGCUCUGCCAGCGACCAAUGCAACAGCAGCUACGGGCGGCGCCGGCCGUUCCUGUGGCUCCUCUCCCUGGGGGUCCUGCUGGCGCUGCUCAUCAUCCCCCACGCUGACCUGCUGGCCGCCCGCCUGGCCUGGGGGAGCACCAACCUGCAGGUGGGGUUCCUGAUCUUCGGCGUGGUGCUGCUGGACUUCUGCGGCCAGGUGUGCUUCACGCCGCUGGAGGCGCUGCUGUCGGACCUGUACCGCGACCAGGAGGACCUGGCCUUCUCCAUGUUCUCCUUCAUGGUGAGCCUGGGCGGCUGCGUGGGCUACCUGCUGCCCGCGCUGGACUGGAGCCGCGGCCUGCUGUCCGUGUACCUGGGGGGCCAGGCCGACUGCCUCUUCGCCAUCCUCAUCCUCAUCUUCGUCUGCAGCGUGCUGGUCACCAUGAAGGCGUCGGAGGAGCCGGCCUGCGCGGGGGGCGGGGCCGGCGCCGGGGCCGGGGGCGGGGGCGGGGCGGCGGAGGGGCUCCUGGAGGCCGGGGGGGGCAGGCCCCUGGAGGCGGGGCCUCGCGGGGGGCCCCCGCGGUCCUGCUGCUACGUGGUGAAGUGUAAGCUGCGGCUGCUGCGCUCGCUGCCGCUGCUGUGCUUGCUGCGGCCCUGCGUCGCCAUGACGCCGGCGCUCUACCGCAGCUACUGCCACGUGCCGGCCGUGAUGCGCCGGCUCUGCGCGGCGCAGCUCUGCAGCUGGGUGGCCGUCAUGAGCUUCAUCCUCUUCUACACCGACUUCGUGGGCGAGGGGCUGUACCAGGGGGAGCCCAGCGCGGCGCCCGGGACGGCCGCCCGCCUGAGAUACGAUGAAGGCAUCCGCAUGGGCAGCCUGGGUCUGUUCCUGCAGUGCGCCACCUCCACCUUCUUCUCGCUGGUGAUGAGCCGGCUGGUGCGGCGGCUGGGCUCGCGCUGGGUCUACCUGAGCAGCAUGGCGAGCUUCACGCUCUCCGCCGCCGUCAUAUGCGUCUCCAACAGCGUGCUGCUGGUCACGCUGAUGUCGGCCCUCACGGGCUACGCCUACGCCACGCUGCAGACGCUGCCCUACACCCUCACCUGCCACUACCACAAGGAGAAGGAGCUCUACAUGGCGAAGAGGAGCCCCAAGAGCGUCCACACGAACGGCGUGAAGCGGGACCCCCCCAACGGGACCGCCGGCUACGCGGAGGCGGGGCUUAACGGACACGCCUACUUCGGCCCGGGCGGCUCCGACUUCUACACCGGCCCGAGCGGCCAGAACGGCUCGUCCAAGGGUCCGGCCGGGCCGGGGGGGGCGGCGCCGGAGGAGACGGAGGGGGGCGGGGGCUUCGAGAAGCGCGGGGUGGGGCUGGACUUCGCCAUCCUGGACAGCACCUUCCUGCUGUCGCAGGUGUUCCCCACGCUCUUCAUGGGACUGAUCGUGCAGCUGGUGCAGUCGGUCACCGCCUACAUGGCGUGCUCCGUGGUGUUCGGCUGCCUGGCCGUCGGCCUGGCCAACCGCAUCGUCUUCGAGCAGCGCGACCUCAAGACCUGAGGCCUGAUGCCGCGGAGCCGGAGCCCUGGCCGACCCGGUGGACCCGUCUCUGCUCCUCCUGGGGUUCCACUUGACGCGCCCCCCCUGCCCCCGCCAUGGGGCUGCCCCGUCAGCGAGGGCUUGGUUCAGUGCGUGUGUGUUUGUGUGUGUGGGAGACUGUGUGUAUCUGCUCGCCAGCCUUUAACUGUGGGGGGGGUAGUCAACAGUCACUGUUUCCUCUGGUUUCCAAGGGGAUGGACUGUCAGACCAACGCCCCCUAGUGGUGUCCUCACAGAAUGAAUCCUGCUGAAUUCCAUAGAAAAUAGUUCUCAAAGAACGCCCCCUACUGGCGGAUCUUAGUAGAAAAUGUAGUUCUGUUGGAACGCCCCCUAGUGGCGUGUCACAGUAGAACGAGUAGUUCUCAAGGCAGCCUGCCCUUAUCUCAAGGUACUUUGAUGGUGUUUGCGGUGCCAGUAACCUUCAUCUCUGCCCACCAUCCUCUUCCUCAGGUACACACACACACACUUACUGUAAAAAGGAGACUGGACACAUACGAAGUCUGCAUGUCAGACACACACACACUCUCUCUCAUAAUAUUAUUUAUAAUUACCUCUCUCUCUCUCUCUCUCACUCUCUCACUCACACACACACACACACACACACACACACACACACACACACACACACACACACACACACACACACACACACACACACACACACACACACACACAC